AUGAGGGAGAGACGGGUAGGAGCCAUGGAGGAGAGCAGCUCCAGCAAGCCUCUUACCCCAUUCAGCAUUCAGGACAUACUCAGCAAGCCUUCUGUCAGGAGGACCCCAGCUGGGGGGGCCCAAACAGGGGGGGUCCCCCAAUCCUCCCCUCUCUAUGCACUGGAGGAGCUGGCCAGCAAAACCUUCCAGGGGCUGGAACUGUCCUUAUUGCAGCCUGCGGGAGGUCGGGAUCCACUCAGUUGCUAUGGACACAAACACAGCACCAAGAAACGACGCAAGUCUCGAACAGCUUUCACCAACCACCAAAUCUAUGAGUUGGAGAAACGAUUCCUGUACCAGAAGUACCUCUCACCUGCUGACAGGGAUCACAUUGCUCAGCAACUGGGCCUUAGCAAUUCUCAAGUCAUUACAUGGUUUCAGAAUCGUCGUGCAAAACUCAAAAGAGACAUAGAAGAAAUGAAGGCAGAUGUUGAAUCACUAAAGAAGCUGCCACCACAUGCCCUUGAGAAACUGACAUCAUUGCCUGAGGUGGAGGUGAUGGAGGAGGAGGAUGCUGUGGUGAGAGGAUAUUCCCCUAUUUCACAGUGCAUCUACCUUCAAUCACCUCACUGUUCAUCCAUUGAGCACACAGUUGAUGAAUUCUCAGAUAAUGUGGAGAUUGAGGUGGAUGACUAG